AAAAAAAAAAGAGUACACAGCUUCAAUCAAUUGGUAGUUGUUUAAUAUCUAUAUAAUCUCAAGGGGGUUCUUCUUGCCUUCCAUUUCCAAGCCCUUCCAGCUAGUCGGUGGAAUCCCAUUAAUGCCUAAUAUGUUUGGUGGUAGCUCUGAGCUUCCUCAGAAGUCCUUCCAAAUUAAGCAAGAUGACAAGUUCUUCUCUAGGCUUCUUUCCAAGGAAAGCUCCAUGGCUAACCCUUCUUUUCGUGUGUAUUAUGGUGAUGUUACUGUUGCAGUCCCAUUCAUGUGGGAAUCACAGCCAGGUACCCCUAAGCAUUCCUUUGGUGAAACUACUCUUCCUCCACUCACUCCUCCUCCUUCCUACUACUCAUAUUCUAAUAAAAAACCCAUCAAGAAGCACUACUCAAGAUCCAGUCUCUUGAACUUUCUGUUCUCAAGAAUCAACCCCAAGAAAACCAAUAAUGCCACUUCUUCUUCUGCUUUAUCGCCAACACCAUCUUCUGCUUCAUGGUCGUCAUUGAACUCUUCUAGUUUUCUUCCAUCUACACCUCACGAACGGAACAGGUUUUCUAGCCUUGGCUCAUCAUUUGAUUCAAGGGCAUAUGAUGAAGAAGCAGCCUUUGGAUCACCUACUUCAAAUCAUCUGUGUUUUGGAGAUGGUAGAAGAAAUAGAAAUGGGUUUAAUCUUAAAGGAUGCUACGCUUGGUGGUGAAACAAUCGUAAUAAUUUGGAUUUGGUCAUGGAUCUGGCUGCCGUAGGUGAAAAAUCUGUACCUGUUUGUCCCUUUUUUUUUUUGAGUUUUCGGCAGCCUUCUUCUUCUAUGGUAGUGGCUUCAACUGCCAAAAUCACUAAAAUGUAUUUCAUGAAUGUUAUUUCUUGAAACAUUGCUUUAUCUUUUUCUGA